AUGGAAGUGCUCAAGGAGGAAGUGAAAGGAGAUUCCGCCACAAAGCUCGGAGAAAAUGAAAAAUCCAAAAAGACCCAAGUAUCAUUUCGACGGAUCUUUAGAUAUUCGGAUUUCCACGACACGUGUUUAAUGUUUCUUGGAACGGUGGGUUGCGCCGCUGAGGGGGCAUCGACGCCUCUAAUAAUGCUUGUUCUGAGCAAGGUGAUGAACACCUACGCGCUCCAGUCUUCAUUUACACUUGACAACAUUAAUCAGGAUGCUUUGUCUUUAAUCUACUUGGCUUUUGCAGUCGGGUUUGGUGCAUUUCUAGGUACUGGAGCUUUCUUUCUUUCAUCCCUCUUUCUCCCACAAAUAGUGCUAAAUGUGACUGUUCUUUGUCUUCAUCAUUUGGUGAUUGUUGAAACAACAGAAGGGUUCUGUUGGGCUCGGACUGCAGAGAGACAAACUUCUCGUCUUCGAAAGAAAUACUUAUGGGCGUUGUUGAGGCAAGAAGUCAGUUUCUUUGACACACGGGGUGGCACUUCGACAACAUAUCAAGUGGUUUCCAGUAUUUCGACCGAUACACUCACCAUACAGGAUGUUCUCAGUGAAAAGAUGCCAAAUUUCCUUAUGAACGUGGCAACAUUCCUCACUUCUCAGAUGGUUGCCUUGUUUCUCUGCUGGAGACUGGCUGUUGUAACCAUUCCAACAUUGUCUUUGUUGAUUGUUCCGGGAAUAGUAUAUGGAAAAUUGCUUAUGGAAGUUGGAAGGAAAAUACAAGAAGCUUAUGGGGUCGCGGGAGGUAUUGCCGAGCAGGCAUUGUCUUCGAUUAGAACUGUGUUCUCUUAUGUCGGAGAGCGUCAAGUGGAAGAAAACUUCUCAGCUGCAUUGGAAGAAAGCUUAAAGCUUGGGCUCAAACAAGGACUGAUGAAGGGUAUCGCAAUUGGAAGUGUUGGUAUUGGCUUUGCUGUCUGGGCAUUUCAGGCAUGGUAUGGAAGUGUUCUAGUCACGGAGAAGGGUGCCCAAGGUGGAGAUGUCUUUAACGCAGGCGUCUGCAUUGUUGUUGGAGGGCUUUCACUUGGGGGUGCUCUUGCGAAUAUGAAGUACCUUACUGAAGCAUCUGUGGCAGCUUCUCAGAUAUUUGAAAUAACUGAAAGGGUCCCGAGCAUAGAUUCUGAUGAUCAACGUGGGAAAAUCAUGGCGGAUACGAAAGGAGAAUUGGAGUUCAAGGAUGUCGAUUUUGCUUAUCUCUCAAGACCGGAGAGCAUGGUACUACGGAAAUUCAAUCUAAGAGUCAUGGCCUGUCAGACUGUAGGCUUGGUGGGCAGUAGCGGUUCUGGUAAAUCCACGAUAAUCUCAUUGAUCGAAAGGUUCUAUGAUCCACUUGGAGGAGAAGUCCUCCUAGAUGGAAAGAACACGAAGACCCUCCAAUUGAAAUGGUUGCGACAUCAAAUUGGCCUCGUUGGUCAGGAGCCCAUACUUUUUGCAAUGUCUAUCAAGGAGAAUAUUAUGUUCGGGAAACAGGGCGCUUCGGAGGAGGAAGUUAUCAAUGCAGCUAAAGUGGCCAAUGCACACACCUUCAUCAAUCAAUUACCCAAUGGAUAUGAUACCCAAGUUGGACAAUUUGGAUUUCAGAUGUCUGGAGGGCAGAAACAAAGGAUUGCCAUUGCGAGGGCUUUGCUCAAGGAUCCAAAAAUCCUCCUCCUUGAUGAAGCGACUAGUGCAUUGGAUUCACAGUCGGAGAAAGCUGUGCAGGAUGCUUUAGAUCAAGCCUCUAUCGGACGAACAACCGUCAUUGUUGCCCAUCGCCUCUCAACCCUCUGCAAUGCUGACUUGAUCGCUGUUCUUCAGUCGGGCGAGGUAGUGGAAUCUGGUUCUCAUGAUCAACUUAUUCAGAAUGAGCAUGGCCCAUACUCGACAAUGGUGCGACUGCAGAAAACGUCAAUGAAAGAUGGACCUUCUUCGACACCAAAAGAAACUGACAGUAGCGGUAAUCACUCUACUGCUACAAAUAUUAACGAUGAUGCUCAGAUAUUGAACAAAUCAGGGCCAUCCCUAUCUCUUGAUCAUGAGAAUCAGACUAACCAGCUUGAAGAAGAUAGUUACAGUAGUCCAUCUCUAUGGUAUCUGUUGCAAAUGACAGCUCCUGAGUGGAAGGAGACUGUAUUCGGUUGCAUAGGUGCUAUUGGUUUUGGAGUGAUACAGCCGGUGCAUUCUUUUUGCAUGGGAGCAGUCCUCUCUGCUUACUUUCUCAAUGAUCACGAUGAGAUCAGGUCAAAGACAAGAUUAUAUUGUUUUAUUUUCCUGAGCUAUGCUACCCUUGCCUUCAUCACCAAUGUCGUGCAGCAUUACAAUUUCAGUUACAUGGGAGAGCACUUGAUGAAAAGAGCAAGGGAGAUGAUGCUAGCAAAGGUUUUGACAUUCGAAAUCGAAUGGUUCGAUAAUGAGAACAACACAAGUGGGGCCAUAUGUUCAAGGCUCGCCAGAGAAGCAAGCAUCAUGAGGUCACUCAUUUGUGAUCGUUUAUCGUUGUUGGCUCAGGUUCUAUCAGCAGCCACCUUAGCUGUUGCCUUGGGGAUGGCAUUAGCCUGGCGGCUUGCAGUCGUGAUUAUUGCUUUGCAACCACUAAUCAUUGGUUCUUUCUAUGGAAGAGGUGUCCUGAUGAAGAGCAUGUCGAAGAAAGUCAUGAAAGCACAAAACAAGAGCAGUGAAUUAGCAAGCGAGGUUGUUGUGAACCAUAGAACCAUCACUGCCUUUUGUUCUCAAGAAAAGAUCAUGGAACUGUUUGAGGAUUCUCUAAAAGGCCCACGAAAUGAGAGCCAAAAGCAGUCAUGGUAUGCUGGUUUUGGUCUCUUUGUAUCACAGUUUCUAACUUCUGCCAAUGUAGGCCUCAUAUUUUGGUAUGGUGGGAGAUUGCUAUACCAUGAAAAGAUCACUUACAAGCACCUCUUCCAGACAUUUUUCAUCUUGGUGACAACAGGAAGAGUUAUAGCAGAGGCUGGCAGCAUGACAUCUGAUUUAUCAAAGGGCUUUGAUGCCAUAAAAUCAAUUUUCAUGGUUCUGGAUAGGAAGAGCAAGAUGGAAACCAAUGACCCAGAUGCGAUCAAGCCAAACAAGAUAAAUGGAGAUGUCGAACUCAAAGAAGUGGACUUUGCUUAUCCGACGAGACCUAAACAAAUGAUAUUCAUCCGUCUAAGCCUCAAGGUUGAAGCUGGAAAGACCAUUGCAUUGGUUGGACAAAGCGGGUCUGGAAAAUCCACUAUCAUUGGACUAAUUGAAAGAUUCUAUGACCCAUUAAAAGGAUCAGUCGAAAUAGAUGGUGUAGACAUCAAGAUGUAUAAUUUGAGAGCACUACGGUCUCACAUUGCCUUAGUCAGUCAGGAACCAGCUCUUUUUGCAGGUACAAUCCAUGAUAACAUCAUCUAUGGAAAGAAGAAUGCAACUGAAGCUGAAAUCAUUGAAGCUGCAACUCUCGCCAAUGCUCAUGAUUUUAUAAGCUGCAUGGAUGAUGGCUACAAGACCUUUUGUGGAGAAAGAGGGGUUCAGUUAUCAGGACGGCAGAAGCAAAGGAUAGUUCUUGCUAGAGCUAUCUUGAAAAAUCCAGCAAUAUUGCUCUUGGAUGAAGCAACAAGCGCAUUGGAUUACAGAUCUGAGAGUCAUGUUCAAGAGGCAAUUGAGAAGAUGAUGGUGGGUAGGACAUGCAUAAUUGUAGCACAUAGGCUAACCACAAUAGAAAAAACAGACUCCAUAGCUGUGAUUGAGAAUGGGAAGAUCGUCGAACAGGGAUCACAUGGUGAGCUACUUGCCAAAAGCGAGGAGGGUGCAUACGCUUCUCUUGUGAGACUUCAACGGAAUUUUAGUUUUGAAAUAAGGAGUCCCCAAACUGAUGUGUGA